CUCCUCUCCUCCUCUCCUCCUCGUGUCUAAGAAUCAAAGACCAUUUGAUUCCUCUGGUUCUUUGUUGUUCCUGCUAUUUCUGUUUGGGUGCUUAAGAAAAUCAUCCUCUUCAGUCUUGACCAGAUCCUAAUUAAGUUGUGCUGCCAUUGGAGGAAGCAGUAGAGACCAGCUGUCCCCUUGGAGCAUAUCCACCUAAAAAUAUAGAUCAUCAUCCGUAAGGCAAAGGCAAUCAUCGAAAUUGAUGGAUAUUCAUGAUCUCCCUGAGCUUGUGUUGGUUGAAAUACUUUGUCGAGUUCCUUGCGGUAAAUUCAUUUUUCAAUGCAAGUGUGUGUGCAAGCGUUGGCUCACUCUCAUCUCUGCUCCUUAUUUUAUUGACCGCUUUUUGCGUCUCCAAAGUCAUAGGAAAACACCUACUGUACGCACUUUGAUAAGCCGCAAUGCAGAGGAAUUAUUUAACAGAGUUUCUUUGUCCGAAAUGUUAACUCCUAUGUUGAAAAGACUCGAGACUUUCGACCAUUUGGAAACAGAGCCAGUUGUGGUAGGGGCUUACAAUGACUUGAUUUUAUGCUGUGAUAGCUUGUUUGAUCAACACAAUUACUACAUAUGCAAUCCAUACACCAUGCAAUGGGUUGCUCUUCCUCCCACCCCUACUCGAUGCUAUGACAUUGUACGAGUGGGAUUGAUCUGUGAUAGUCCUUACUAUGAGGAAGACGAUCCAAAUGGACAUGUCAUCCAGCUUAAUGCCAAGUUUAGGUGCAAGGUUGUGAGAAUUCUUCCUCCUGAUCGUCAAUUUGUAUUUGAUCAUGAUGAGUACUGCUUCAAUUUUAAUGUGGAGAUCUUCUCUUUUGAGACUGGCAAAUGGAGCGAGUUAGUUGUAUCAUCCCCACGAGGAAUUUCUUAUGAUUAUCUCGAUGCUAUGGCCUUUUCUUACAAUGGAGUGUUGUAUUGGUCGGGUCAUGAUUAUGGCUAUUUUCUGGUUCUUGGGUUGGAUCCGUUCAAUGACAAUAGCAGUACUAGCACUAGUAGUGGUUGUAGCAAUGGAGGUGAUAUUAUUGAUCAUAAAUGUCGUUUCGUGGUAUUUGCUAUGCCUGUAGCCGACCAUUUUGUAGUUGAGUGCCUAGGUGUGUGUGGAGGGUUGUUGCGGAUGUGUGACUUUGACUCAGAUACAAAAACUCUGUUUGUUUGGGAUUUGAAACGACAAGAUCAUGAUUAUAUGGUCAAGGGAGCUGGCGAAUUGUGUUUGAGUAAACACAAUGUUUAUUCCUUCGACCAAGAUAUGUAUCCGGAUGAUGCACGAGUCGUUGAGAGGCUAUCUUUUGACCCAAAUAAUGAGGAUAUUUUUUAUCUAUAUGUGGAUGCAGAUGUUAUAAUGUGCAACAUUCGUACAAGAAAGUGGUCAAAGAUAGUUGAGAAGAGGAAACUCAAUAAUUUUUAUUUCUUCCCAUUCGUACUCCCAUGGUGGCCAACACCAGUUCCUAGCCUACCACAACAUGCCCACCAGCUAGCCCAUGGUGGAGAAACUAGCAGCUAGCUAAAAUGUAGGAAGAAUUAAAGUAGUAAACUUUUAUUUAUUGAAGCUGUAUUAUCAUUUAUAUUUAAUGUAUUUGCAGCUAGCAGUGCACUUAUGAAAAUUUUCUGCAGGUGACUUAUUUAUUUUUAUUAUGUAUUUCUGGUCAACUGUUCUUCCAUGUUAUUAUAGUGAUACGUGACCUGAUCACUCUGAAUUUCGGUUAUUAUAUGCACCGACUAUUAACUAAAGUAGAAAUUUUGAAUUUGUACCUUGAGUUGAGGCU